GCACAGCCAGACGAUCUUCGUCGAUUUCCGGUAUAUUUCGUUACGUUUCAGUAGACUCUAACACCUCGAAGAAGACACUAUAUCCCGAAUACGCAGAUAGUAUAUAAAAGUCAGUAGCAAACACUGUAUCUUCAUUAGAAAUACUUCCAGAUCGAGUGCGUAAUUGAAAUAUACCGUCUUGGGUUAUACCGUCAAAAACAAGAAAAUGAGUUCCGAAUCCAAUAGUUCCGGAGAAAACAGUAUUGACAUUAUUAAAAAGGGGGAGAAUAACCAUACGGAUAAAGAUGACAGAGGAGGAUGGAAGGGUCGGAUGGAUUUCAUUCUCACUUGCAUAGGCUAUGCUGUAGGCCUGGGCAACAUAUGGAGGUUUCCCUACCUCUGUUAUAAGAGUGGAGGAGGUGCAUUCUUCAUUCCCUAUUUCAUCUUCCUGCUGUUAUGCGGCUACCCGCUGUUCUUCAUGGAAGCAAGUUAUGGCCAGUUCAGCAGUCUCAGUCCCAUCACUACGUGGCGGAUGAGUCCUCUUUUCAAAGGUGUUGGUGUCGGGAUGGUGAUUGUUUCCGGUUUAGUUUGCGUUUAUUACAAUGUCAUUGUCGCCUGGACGCUCUACUACCUCUUCAUGUCCUUCCGGGCUGUGUUGCCAUGGAGUAACUGUGGUAACGUCUGGAACACAGAAAACUGUGUGGACGGGUCGGAAAGGAGAGUGAUGAAUAACACACUGGGCAAUUAUACGACAUACAACGUCAGUAACACCAUGUCCAACAUCACCGGUCAUAUCCUCAGUGCAAAUGGCUCAAUCAUACACGAAGGUGCCAAGAGAAGUCCAAGCGAAGAAUAUUGGGAAAACCACGUGCUUGAACUCUCUGAAGGGAUUGAAGACGCUGGUAUCAUCAGAUGGCCUCUACUGCUUUGUCUCAUAUUAGCUUGGUUCUUCGUAUUCCUGUGCCUUUUCAAAGGCGUUAAAGUAUUGGGCAAGGUGAUGCACUUUGCUGCUCCUUUCCCAUAUUUGGUUUUGAUGGUUCUCCUGAUCCGAGGGGUGACACUGCCUGGUGCUAUGGAAGGCAUUAAGUUCUACGUUUUUCCUAAAUGGGAAAAGUUAGCAGAAUUCCAGGUAUGGGGAGACGCUGCCUUACAGAUUUUCUACUCUGUCGGAAUGGGAUGGGGAGGAAUUGUCACUAUGGCUAGUUACAAUAAAUUCAGUAAUAAUAUUUACAGGGAUGCCUUGAUUGUACCUAUUAUUAACUGCGGAACAUCUAUCUUUGCUGGUUUUGUAAUUUUCUCCGUCCUGGGGUUCAUGGCCCACCAGACUGGUUCAUCGAUUGAGGAUGUAGUCAGUCAGGGACCAGGUUUAACGUUCGUUGCGUACCCAGCAGCUGUUGCUAAGCUACCUAUCUCUCCCCUCUGGGCGGUGCUAUUCUUCCUCAUGUUGUUCACUAUCGGCGUAGACAGUCAGUUCGGUAUGGUUGAGACCUGCAUCACAGCAUUCCUUGAUACUUACCCUAAGACUUUGAGGAGCAGACGAGUACUUGUCUCUGCAAUCGCCUGUACAAUUGAAUGUAUCCUAGGACUGCCUUUGAUAACACAGGGUGGAAUAUAUAUCCUGCAGAUCAUUGACUGGUAUUGUGCGAGCUUCUCCCUCAUGUUGAUUUCACUCACAGAGGUCAUCGUCAUUGCCUAUGUUUACAAAAUAGACAGAUUUAUGGCAGACAUUGAGUUUAUGAUUGGUUUCAAGCCACAUAAAAUCUGGAUUUACCUCUGGAAAUACAUUACUCCAGCUGUUAUUGUGUUUAUCUGGUUGUUCAGUGUAAUUACCCUUGGCCCUGUGACAUACGACGGACGUUCCUAUCCGCAAUGGGCAAUCGUAUUUGGAUGGUGUCUUGGUGUUUCAUCUGUCUUGCCAAUACCCGGACUGAUUAUCUACCAGAUUAUGCAGGAGAGAGGAACAUUACGCCAGCGACUUGAAAAACUGAUGAAACCAUCAGAGGAAUGGGGACCUAGUAUUCAAGAAGACAGGGACAGAUACUUCAAGCACCUGGCUCUUCAAAAGAGGACGGACAUUGCUGCCAGACAAAUUGAAGACGAGGAGGAUAUGGAGAAACACAUGUUUCUGCCUUCAAAUGAAAAAUCCAGCUUACCAGUAUGACGAGAAUGAUUUGCGCUACCGUACAUUUUCAUUUAUUGAUGAAUAUCACUUUCUAUGUUCUGCCGGGUGGUAUCUUUGAGUAGGCGUUAUUGGAAGAGUAACACACACGAUCUGAACAUUCUUUGAUUUAGUAGAUAAAACCUUAGAUCCAACUGUAACAAUUCAAAAUAACUUAAAGAUAUGUUAAUGAAUUUGUCCUCGAUUAUUUCCAAAACAAGUAGUUCAUAUCUUAAGCGAUCUUCUCAAGCCACAUCUAAAAUAUGUAAAAUGAAAGGCAUUUCCCAAAUGUUUCAUCAGGAAUUUUGAAAUGAAGACCCGUAAAGGAAAAAAGAAUUCAAACAACUGAUCUCAAAUAUUUUCUUGUAUCUAGUUUGUUAGUAUAGUUUCUUUUGUAUUAGUCCGGCAAUAUUAUUUUGAGAUUUUGUUUUGUACCUUGUAAUGCCCGUGUUGUUAAAUGUUUGCCUACCUUUAUUUUAUUGUGUUCAUAUUUUAACUAAACGAUAUCUCCUAUGUUUGAAUGAUUACCUGUAAUCAAAUUUCUUUAAAAAAACACAGGAAAAGUGAAGAAUUUACAGUAGUUAUUUGAUGAACAUACGAAACAGUAUUAGUUUAAGUUGAUUGAAUGAUACUCAUUUUCAUAUAAAACUGUCGCAUAGUAAAGCCCUUCAUCUGACAGUGUUUUCAUAACAUCAGACAUUUUUUUAUCAUCUGGAUCUGUUAUUUGUCUCAUAAUCCUUGACAUUUGAAUUCAUUCAGUAUUAAUAGUUUUAUCAUUGUAUAUAAUGUUUAUUUUCAUGUAUAUGCACAUGUGGUUAAGAGAGGAAAUUUUACAAUUGCUGUACAAUCAACAUUGAAGUGCAAACUACGAUACAAGUUGGCGGAAAACAUCCACAUAUCAUAUACAUAUAUGUAAUAUAAUAUUUUUCAUAUGAUAUUCAAUGCAACACAAUUAUUACAGUGCUUCAUACCAAAGAUUUAACAAUAUCGAUCAGGUAACGUUUCCCAUCAAGAUCUAGUCUUUUCUAUAUGCGUUAUUCAUACUUUGACAAAAUUUAUGUUUAAAUGUAUAUCAUAAAAGCAAUGAAAGAUCUAGUCACUAGUCAAAUUAACUUUUCAACAUUCAGUUAUUAUAGAACAACUUUUUUUUCGUUCUUAGUUCGCCCGACCUGAUUAGAAAAGAACAAAUAUCUUAAUGAUAUUUUUUAUGUUGAAAGUCAGAGAAAAUACGAAACUUUAAUAAUUCAUGUACAUGUAAAUAUAUAUUUAACUUUAAACUCGUGAUGCAAAUGGUUUCGGAUAAUUUUUAUUUCGGUUCCCAUAUCGAUAGCAGAUUCGAUGUUCUUCAAGAUUAUUUGACUUUUAUGAUGAAUCGAAUACCUCCUUUUGACCUUAAUUUUCAAGUAGAACAAAAAAAUGAAUGUGUCUUUUAAGUAGGUAAAUUCUUGAUAUUGAAAGCUUAUGACCAGUAUUAUAAAACAUGUAACCUUCAAACAAAAUUGCAAGUUAUAAAUGUUCCAAGAUUUUUCUAAUUAAACGAUUUCGUGAUGAAGCUUAUGUUGAUAGUAUUAUUUUGUAUUAUAUUAAAGGUAGUGGUGGUAUGAAAUUGAACUAUUUUCAUCUUCAUAUUAAAAUAUCAUUUUAAGAAAUGAAGAAAAGUACUUAACUGCCUAAAACAUUAUGAAAUAGUAUUUUGUCGUUAGAAUCAUUACAGUCAUUCAUAUGAGGUGCAUUUGAACAUAAUGUAGAUUAUAUUUUAUAGAUUAUAUUACGUAGAUUAUAUUACGUAGAUUAUAUUUUGAUGACUACUUGUUGUUAGAUAUUGUAUAUAUUUGCUAUGCUUUCUGGGAGGUAAUACAUUGUAUAAGUAAUUUGAUCGGUUUUUAAAUCAAAAAUAAGCGUAAUAGUGAAAGUACAAAUAUGACUUGAACAAUGAAUACAAGAUUUUUACAAGGAAACAAUUGUGAUUACUGAUAUCAACAUUCCAUGUGCUAUUUAUAGAGUGCCCUACUGUUGGAUUUUUUAUUAGAAAUUCGGAUUAGUAAAUAAUCUAUGUAUCUCAAAGAUGGAAACAUUGAUACACUGAUACCUCGGCAAAUGUAGUGUAAAUGUAAUAUAUUUAAUAUCCUUGAAAAAAAUCAAACUUUGACAAAACGAGAUUGGACUACACUUACGCUGUACAAGGCCUCAUGUUAGGUAGGAUACGAUUACCGUAGGAUACGAUUACCACACUUGUCGAGCGUUUUGUAUUGUUGUCUCGUCGGGUCUUUUUUAUGUUUGUGGUGUCAAAUUGUCAACCUAAUUCUGGUUCCUGGGUAACUAUAACUUUGUAAAAAUGUGUGAAGUAUUCAGAGAUAAACCUAUUUGACCCGUUGAUAUAUAACAGGUUACUGUAUAUAGAACACCACAGUUUAAGUACGAGAAAUAUUUCACCAGCAAUAUCGCUAAUAUAUGUCCAGAAAUCCACACAAUGGCAUUGGUACAUUUUAUCCUACGUAUGUACAGAAAUGCCUAAUGUUUGACAGUUGAUCGGAUUAAGUGUCCAAUUAUCUACAAUUAUCAAUUUCUUCUGUGAAGUGCUCAAAUUGUAUAUGUGAGGGAAAUGAAAUUGAUUACAACCAAAGAAAUCGUUGGAAUAAAUAUCUUCUAUAUUUGAAUAAUUCAUAUUUUUUAAAUUCUUAGGCUUUAACAAAUUGUCAAUGAUUUUAACGGUCCCAUGUUGUGCAUGUUUCAGUGUUAUGGCAUAUUCAGAUUAUUGUAAAUACAUUUGCUUGCCUGUAUAUAAAGCAUAUUUGCUAUAUCAUUUUGUCCAUACCUCUUAACACUAUGUCGCUUUCUAUUCUCAUCUUUUCAUCUCGUCAUUUUGAGUCAAAUGAUUGUUUUUAAGAAUGAUGUGUUCUCAAAAUAUCGUUAUUACUGGAAAUAAGCACAAUUAAAUACAGCCAACUCUUGUAAAUAUCUGGUUGUCAAGAAAUUGUUCAUCAAUAAGAAAUCCCCUCAUUUUAACGCUUUCUGUAAAACCUUUCCUUGACAUGUUUAUGAACUGGAAUAAUCUGUAAAUAACGUUGUAUUAAUGCUUUGCAAGAAAACACACUAUAGCAGAGUUACGUUUAAGUGGAUUGGAAAGCAUGUAACAUUUCUGAUGUUGUAAAGCACGAGCUAACGUCAAGGAAUAUCAUGUAAACGCCAUAUAUUUUGAAAUAACUGAUGUUCCUACAGGUAUAUUUUCACGUGAAUAAAUGAGUAAAGUAAUCGCAGGUAACACUGGAAUAUGUAUUCAGAAUUAUUCAAGAAAGGAAUAUCAAAAUAUUAUUUUCGUAAAAACGUCACUUUAAAUAAAAAUCACUUAUAUUUACAUUAAACAGAAGGAAAAAGAAUGCUACAAAAUGUAUUUUGUUUUAGUGAAAUAACUUAAUGUUAAACAUCGUACCUCAUUUUCUCUUUAUUCAUCAAUGUUUUACUGAUUUUAGUAUAGUUUUUAAUACAGCAGGUUAACGCCAUAUAUUGCCAUACGCACUCAAAGUCAUUUAGAUACUAAUUUAUAAUCAGGGCAUUCAACUCUUAAGGUUAAAUAAGUCAUCAAGAUUUAAAUAUGUGCCAUCAUUGCUAGGACAUAAAUGCUUUCUUUAGUAAGAGUAUUUAUGGAAGAAUGUAUUCGUGUGUCAUAUGCUUUGUUUUAGACACACUAUACACGCAUUUGUUUUACUACGCAUGCUUUUGGUCAACAUUGUAUUGAUGUCAUAACAGUUUGGUUUGGACAUAAAAAGGUAUGGAUACACCUGCCCGACCCUGCAAGUUGUCUCCGUGUACUCCGGGUUCUUUCCCUACGCGAUAACAUCUUAGCCAACAGGAGUGAUUAAUAUAAGUUGAUAUAACUUUAUUUUAUAUUUGUUGUUAUUUAUAUCUAUUUAGUGUGGCUAAUGGGGCUGCGCAUCACAAGUGUUGUCCGUCCAAACUAAAAUGAUUGUGUACAAAAGAUAUCAAAAUGCAGUUAUAUAUAAGUACGUUUUAUGGGGUUAACAGUGUAUUCCCCUUAAUACAUGAUAUGUAUAUACCCUUUAAACAAGAGGCAAAAAGCAUCUUACGUAAAAUCUAAAUAAAUUGUGUAGAUGUAAAGAACAUGUAUGUGUCUAUUGUGAUUGAACAACUCGUAUUGUUUCCGCGAACGUUCGAAUGUUUCCGUGAGCUAUGACGUCACGUUAUGUCAGCAUUAACCUUACAAGCUAGUUCGAUAAUGUAACAACAGUAUACAAUCGAUUCCCCUACCACUAGUAUGUUAUGAACUAUUUUUAUUAUGAAAUAAUGCCGAAAUAAAGAUGUAAAGAUUCUGA